AUGUCUGGCCGCGGAAAGCAGGGAGGCAAGGCUCGCGCCAAGGCUAAAUCCCGUUCGUCCCGGGCCGGGCUGCAGUUCCCAGUGGGCCGUGUGCACCGUUUGCUCCGCAAGGGUAACUACGCCGAGCGGGUCGGCGCCGGAGCCCCGGUUUACAUGGCGGCGGUCCUGGAGUAUUUAACUGCUGAAAUUUUGGAGCUGGCGGGAAACGCAGCUCGGGACAACAAGAAAACCCGUAUCAUCCCCCGCCAUUUGCAACUAGCUGUGCGCAACGACGAGGAGCUCAACAAACUCCUCGGGGGAGUCACCAUUGCUCAAGGCGGUGUCCUGCCAAACAUCCAGGCCGUCUUGCUGCCCAAGAAAACCGAGAGCCAUAAGCCUGGCAAAAGCAAAUAA